AUGUCAUACAUCACUUCUUAUGUCGCAGAAACAUCUACUGGUACUGUCACCUCGUGGCUUCCUAUUAUAACUCCUUUUUCGGCUGCUUCAGUAUCUCCUGGAUGUUCUUAUCCUGCUGUGGCGCAGACCACCAGAAGUUCACGAUGGAUGGCUUAUUACGGCUGGGGGUCUCAAUUGGAAGCCUGCUUGCCAACUGAGGUCUAUAAGUGGUGGCAAACCACCUCCAAGCCUACAGCGGGACUCUAUACAAUCUUCAGCAUGGGCCCUAUUGUUUGUCCCACAGGAUACACUACCGCGACGGAAAUAUCAAUAGCACCAAGGCGAUUCCAAGUCGCAUGUUGUCCAACCGAUUAUACCCUACAAUAUGUUGCAGGUCCAGCCGAUGACGGACAGUGUAUAUCUUCUGUCUCGGCUGGCCGCCUGAUCACUUACCAAAAGAUCAUCCACAGAGCACUCGAUGCCUCCGGGCAGCCUUCUACUAAGUGGAACAUCAGUACGACUAGAAUGGCCACACCUACUGUGGUUGCGGCACUUCCCUUUAAUGGCGUCAAUAUAAUGAAAGCCACCUCUACCGUUACACCCCCUGGAAAUCCCCAAUCUAGCUUGGAUCCAUCUGGCAGUACACUCCCCGCCACUCUACGGGUAACAACUUCGAGAGAUUCGCCAUCCUCCGCGGCUAACGGCUCGAACGGGUUCAAAGCUCCUAUAUCCCCGAAAACUGUCGUCGCUCUGGGCGUGGGAUCAGGAGCUGCGAUGAUGAUCAUAAUUGGCAUAUUUAUCUGGCUGGUUAUGUGGCACAGGCGUCGUUCUCUAAACCAUCGAAGGAAUGGAAAAGUGUUCCACCAAGAUAUCUCAUGGCCGCUUGAGUUGCGUCAAGAACUUCCUGGAGAAAAUAAUCUGUUCGAGGUACAUGGAGAACACAAACGAUUUGAGCUCAGCUGCAAUGCGGGACUUGCGCAUGAACUUGACCAACCUCACCAGAUACUGGAACUGGACUGCCGAGGAAACGUCCAUCAUUUGGAACGAGGACUUCGGACUGGACCUGGGGAACCUAUUUGUGAGCCAUUCGAGUCAAGACGAGGAUUGUGUUCGAUUGGGGGAGAUGUUACUCCUGUCGAUGUCAUAUCGCCACUCUGA